AUGACCAUAACUUGGGAUAGCAAGGCCGAUGCCAAGCUCAUGUCUGCAUUCACGCAGACGGGCUCGGUCGAUUACGAUGCAGUCGCCAAAUACAUGGGUGACGGCUGCACCGUGUCAGCUGUGAAGCACCGCAUCGCACGCCUUCGAGACAAAGCUGGUAUUUCCAAUCUUCGUGGUGGACGCAAGGCUCCUGGCACUCCAAAGAAGGGCGGAGCUGGCUCGAACGGUCCUGACGCUGGAACCUCCGCCGGCUCGUCCUCCAAGGACGGCAGCACCCAUUCUCUGACUGGAAUCAAGAAGAACGGCCCAGCAACCCCCACCGGACGCCGUAAGCGUGCUGGGUCCUUUGGACCCAUCCACGGUGGCCGUGGCAUGAAGUCUGAUUCAAAGGCCUCUGGGUCUGAGACCACCGAUGCCGAUGACGAGGAAACCCAGCGAGAGGAGGAGGGAGAGGCAUAUUUUGAAGGUUAA